AUGGCUUUGCACUUAGAUCACUGCACUGAGAGAGAGGAUGUUUUCCUUGCUCUUGAAUUACCUUUCGACUCGAUCAUGGUUGAUGCAUCCAGUGAGGACCCUGAGGAGAAUGCCAAGUUCGUAGCUAGCAUUGUUGAGAAGGCCAAGGAGCGCAACAUUUCCAUUGAAGCCGAGAUGGGCCGUAUCCAAGGUGGUGAAGAUGGUCUUCCUACCGUAGAUCUCGAAGCUCUCUAUACUGAACCUGAGUUCGCUGCUGAUUUCAUUAGCAAAACUGGAGUUCAUUUCUUGGCUCCUUCAUUUGGUAACAUCCACGGUAUCUAUCCUCCAGGUGGUCCAGCCAAGUACUGGCAGCUUGAUCGACUCGACAAGAUUCACAAGGAAAACCCAUCAGUUCCUUUGGUCCUCCACGGUGUUCCUCACGACUUUGACGACGAGCUUAUGAAGAAGGCUAUUUCCUUGGGUAUCCGUAAGGUUAAUUUCAACAGAAACUUACACGACCCUUAUCUCGAGUUCUUGUCCCAAAACAUUGGCAAGCUUGAAAUGACUGCCUUGCAAAAGGGUAGUUUAGCUGCCUUUGCUGCUGAGGCCAAGAGAUGCAUUGAACUACUUGGAGGUGCUAACAAGGCAUAA